AUAUUCUCUCUCUUUGUAAAAACCCCAGAUUAUGGUAAUCUGUCAUUGUAUCUAAAAAUCAUUGUAUCUAAUGUAUCGGCUAAUAUAAUAUUCCAAGUUCCAGUAAGCAUAGUCAUCUUUCUGUCAAUAUGCUAUGGUGCUGUAUCUCUACUAUCUGUUUUAGGCAACGCCAGCGUCCUUUGGGUCGUUGCAUCUCGUAGACGAAUGAGAACAGUGACAAAUUACUACAUUGGUAACUUAGCCCUUGCUGAUAUAAUCAUAGGGCUAUUUGCAAUUCCAUUUCAAUUCCAAGCCGCUCUGCUCCAAAAAUGGAUCCUUCCAAAGUUUCUGUGCUCAUUUUGUCCAUUUGUACAAGUUCUUUCCGUAAAUGUUAGUGUUUUUACUCUAUCGGCCAUUGCAUUUGACCGAUACCAAGCUGUCUUCUAUCCACUCAGUAAAAGAAGCGCAUCUAAACGUUGUGCCAAACUUGUCAUUCUUUUCAUUUGGUUUCUGGGAGCCUUGGCUGCAGUGCCAUAUGCUAUGGCACUCCGUGUCACUUACGUGUAUGAUCCAGAGACGAUGGAAGACACUAAGCCAUUUUGCACGAACACGAAGAUCCCCAGGAAUUUCUGGGGCGUGUACCGUUAUGGGCUUGCAUUUCUGCAGUAUGCUCUGCCACUGUGUUUUAUUUGUUAUGCAUAUGGAAAGAUGGGAUUAAGACUUCGUGGAAGUAACCUAGAGGUUAAACCUAGAGAUGAAGCGGUGCUAAAAAAUAAAAAGAAGGUCAUAAAGAUGCUUUCAAUUGUGGUGGCAAUGUUUGCUCUUUGUUGGCUACCAUUUCAAGCUUACAAUGUUCUCCAGCAAAUAAUUCCAAAGAUCAACGAGUACAAAUACAUUAAUGUGAUUUGGUUUAGCGCUCAUUGGUUGGCUAUGAGUAACUCUUGCUGCAAUCCUUUCAUUUACGCCAUUUAUAACGAUCGCUUCAAAUCUGAAUUUAAGUCGCAAUGUCGCUGUAAGAAGCGCCAACGAAGUGAAGGUUUUGAUUCCGACAUAGUGCUGUAUUCCAUGUCGCUCUCUCAAACGAGGAGAAGUUACGUCGUCGACAACGUCCUCGGAGAACUGGAAAGAUACCUACAAUCUGAACAACAGCACCCAGUCCGUUCAAGUACAACGCAGUCAUCUUGUGAUUAUUCAAAUAAUAAUUAGUAUAAUAUCAAGCUAAGUAACAACAAGUAGAAAAUAUCACGUAAUAACAUCACAACUUAUCAAAUAUAACAACCUCAUGUAGCCUAACUAUACAAACUACAACGCAAAAUUUUUAUGAAUUUAAGGGCUUGGGGCAAUAUAAUAAUAAGGCACAUUUUAAAAUUGUUCCAUAGAACGUCCCUAGCGAUUUCCAUGGGUGGGCUCUGGGCUAAUUGUAAUGAAUAUAGCUUUCGGCUACUGUAACCUGGACAGGAAUUCGAUUUUCCGUGAUAAAUGCAAAGUGUCUGGUCGUAAUGCACUUUCUUUAAUAGUAAAUUAGUUAUUUGGAAUUGAACCCAUGCUAUUCGAAUGAUUUCAAUGAUUUAGAGACAGAAAAGCCACCCAAUUGUUGAGAAGCGUGAUGUGAAGAGCGGGGUAUUACUACUGCUUUUUGCUUUCCGAUCGAAAUUGUGGCAGUGUCCUUUGCACCAGUAAUAAUAAUAAAUAACAUCAUUUGUGCUGAAUCCUAAACGGAAGCAUAUAGCUAGUGUAGCUCUAGUGGGCUCUAGUAAAAGUGUAACUUAAGUGGUGCGUUAACAAUCAAAUCAAAUCAAAUCAAAUCAAAUCAAAUCAAAUCAAAUCAAAUCAAAUCAAAACAUGCUAGCAAUACUAUGCAUGUGCGUAUGCACAUGUUAUGUGCUGUUAACAAGUAGAAAUUUAAAAUUUUGUGAAGGAACUAUCUGGAAAAAGAAAAACCAAUUAGAAGUUUGAUUUAACAAACUCGCCUUUGUGAAAAAAUGUAGCUUUUCUUAAUACAAUGCCCUAAACCCAUCAAAUAUAAUAACAGGUAGUUUAACAAAUGAAACAGCAACAACAAAACCAUAUCUUAUCAUGUAUGACAAAAAUGAAAAGAAAAAAGUCAUAUCAUCAUUGUGUUUCUAUCUAUAACGUGAACAUUAUUCACUUUUAGCUAAAAAUAACAGGUAAUCACAACAGUUACGAGCUUUAUUGAGUUUUCAAAAUUUUUCUCGCAAUUGUUAUUGCCGUUUGGGAUUUUCCCAGAAAUCGAAAGAAAGGUUUAAUCGCAAUAAAAAAAUGGUUAAGUUUCUGAAAUUUCGAAAGUGGAAUAUUGUGUAGAGCUCAAUAAAGGGUAGCUCAAAAUUCGAUUCACGAAUUCAAAGGGAAGAUAACAGUUUAUCAGAGAGGUGAUCAAGGGGAGGAAAACUAUCAUAGAACAUAGCUUCACAAAUCACGUUGACGGUUUGAAAAGCACAGAAAAACCUAUACAAGUUCCAACGUCACGCUGGAAACCAGUACUACAAUCUUCCUCAUUAACAGAAAUAUUUAUUUCAAUAAUUAUAACAAGAGUUGUUGCAAGGUGUUACCAUUGACAUCAUUGCAUAUUCUUCAUAGACUUAAAAGUGUUGUCUGAAUGUGCUCGAAGUUGACCGGUGUGCUUUCGAUGUCUGCUGAAGCGAGAAUAAUCCGCGCUCUGAGAUUUUUUGGUAUGUCCACAGAAUUUGCAUGAAUUAAUGCUUUAAUCCUUUCCUUCUCACUCCCGUGAAAAUGACGGGUGGAGGUUUCGCCCUCUAUUUCUCACUCCCGUAAAAUUUCCGGGCUGGAGUGUUCAGUAG